UUGUAGCCUAAUGAGUAUUGUAAUGAUUAUGGAGGUGCUACGAUUUCAAAAUCGUCUGGAAAAAUACUGUCAUGAUGUAGUUAGUUAGUUGACCUGACUUGAUGCAUGGCUAGCUGAUCCGGGGUUGUCGAAUCUUCAGAAAUAGCCGAGCAUUGUUUGUCAGGAAAUAAUACGAGAUACAUGUACUACUAAUAGACAUUGUAGUUUGCGUAUUAAAAGUACCAGAAGUAAGCCGAUCAUUUUGCAUAGCCGAAUGGAGCAAAGUUACCAGCAAUUUCUAUUGUCACUGAAGUUUCUGGUGUCAAAGUCCGAUGAAUACGGCGAUGGCUGGCAGAAGAAAAUAUCGGCUCGCUCGGAAGUAUAUGCAAUGAAAGAGAUUAUUCAGAACAUGACGGUCACAGGAAGCAGUAGCCGCCGACAUGACCCUGUGCUGGAGUUGAAUGACACGAUAGAUGGUGGUUUGUCGGACGAUGAUGAUGAGGAGGAGGAUGCGUCCACGCUUUGCUCGGCCAGUCCAGAUUUGGCGACGGCUGUGAAAACUGUUCGCUAUAUCUACCACGUCGUGUAUAGCACUAGUUAUCAGGUUCCUGUCCUUUAUUUCAAUGCCUACACUCUGGAGGGAAAGCUCCUGUCUUUGGACGAAAUCUGGGCUGCUGUUCCUGAUCACUUUCAAGCACGUCUGAAAGAUGAACGGUGGACUUUUUUGACUCAACAGGAGCAUCCGUAUCUUGGCAGGCCCUUCUUUCAACUGCACCCGUGUAAGACAGCGUCACUGAUGCAGUCCUUGCAGUGCGAACCAUCCAGUGAGCACUACGUGUGUUCGUGGCUGAGCGCCAUCGGUUCAGUCGUUGGUCUCAGCAUGGGCUCAGCGUACUUUUUACCAUCUGGACGGGAAGCAGCCAGUGAUGCGGUGGCAACGCAGAGUAGUGAUGUUACGUAGGUUACGUAGCCAAGAGUACUGUGUGAUGCUGUCACAAAGAAUUGAUUGGGAGCGGAGCGGAUGCCCGGAAUACGUGUAACGUCAUGCCCACGCGCUGACAUCUUUUGAUCAGUGUCUGAAUGCAUCAACGCUGUCACUGGGAUCGAACAACUUCGCCCAGUACAUGGUAGGGCCUCCAGCAGUAGUUGCUUGCCAUCCUACUGUGCAGCAGCAUGGUCACUACUCAGUCUUGCAGCGUAUAGAGAGUUGUGAAAGACGUGUUUGGAAACAACGCAACAGCUGCCAACACACUCUCUUUUCGAAAGUUUCUUCAAAGUACUAGAACCUAGUUUAGAGUGCGAGAAAGUGCAAGGAAGUGCUCGUGCUCGAUGAAGCAAAUCCGCAGCAGCUGGGAUAUGAUCCCGGGGUAACUGUUGUUUUGCUUUAGCAGCUUUACUCUCAUUCACAUGAUAACUACAUUGUAAGUCUCCGCUUGCCAGCAUGCAAUACGUUUCCAUCACCCAUGUCACCAUAAUGGGCAUCAGUGCGCUUUGGAUAUGAUGACUCCUUCAUCGAAGCCCACAAUUCCACACUCAUUGUGCUUGUGCUUGCUGUAGUAUCAUUCAAAGGA